AUGGUCCGGGCACUCAACGUGGCGGAGAAGCCGUCGGUGGCCAAGGAGGUCGCCCGCAUCCUCUCGUCGGGCUCGUACUCGACGCGCAACACAUACUCCAAAUACAACAAGAUCUACGAGUUUGGGUACAACGAGCCCGGGGUUGGGGCCGGGCUGGAUAUGGUCAUGACGUCGGUGACGGGCCAUCUGGCAGGCAUCGACUUUGAGGCCACGUUCCGCAAGUGGCGGGCGGUGGCGCCCGGCGAGCUCUUCGGCGCACCGGUGGUGACCGAGAUCUCGUCGCCGGACAUUGCGCGGACGCUGCGAGCCGAGGCGCCGCGGUGCCAGUGGCUCAUUCUUUGGCUCGACUGUGACCGUGAGGGCGAGGCCAUUGCCGAGGAGGUCCGCGCCGUGGUGGCGCAGGCCAACCCGGGCAUUGUGGUUAAGCGGGCGCGGUUCUCGGCUCUCAUUCCGGCCCAGAUCCACGGCGCCAUGCGCAAUCUUGACCGGCUCAACUACGCCGAUGUCUACGCGGUGACAGUCCGCCAAGAGCUCGAUCUCCGCAUCGGCGCCGCCUUUACUCGCUUCCAGACCAUGACGCUCUCGCAGGCCAUGCCGGCCCACUUUGCCGGCGACAACCGGCGGCUCGUCUCAUACGGUCCGUGCCAGUUUCCCACGCUCGGCUUUGUCGUUGACCGGUACAAGGAGUGGGAGGCGUUUGUUCCGGCACCGUACUGGUACAUCCAGCUCAAGGCCAAGCUGCCCGAUCCUGCAGCGCCGGACAAGACCAUGCUGGUCAACUUUAACUGGCGGCGCGGGCGGCUGUUCGACUUUCCGGCCGCCGCCCUCCUGUUCGAGGCCGUCAUGGACGAGCCAGUGUUGGCGCGCGUCUUCGACGUCGACGCCCACCGCAAGUCCCGCCGCAAGCCGCUCCCGCUCACCACCGUCGAUCUCCAGUCGAUCGCCGCCCGCAAGCUUCGCAUCUCGUCGGCCAACACCAUGAAGAUUGCCGAGAAGCUCUACACGCAGGGCUACAUCUCGUACCCGCGUACAGAGACCAACUCGUUUGCCAAGGGCACCGACCUCCUCUCGCUGGUGCGGCAGCAAGCCGACUCGGCGGCGCCAUGGGCCCCGUUUGCCGGCUCGCUCCUCGCUCCCGGCGGCGGCACGUUCUCACCGCGCUACUCGGUGCCACGGCGUGGCGGCAAGGAUGACCACUCACACCCACCAAUCCACCCAACCAAGGCUGCUUCGGGCCUCUCCGGGGACAUGGCCCGGAUCUACGAGCUCGUCUCGCGCCACUUUCUGGCUGUCUGCUCCAUCGACGCCUGGGGCGAAGAGACCGUGGUCUCGGCCCAGGUUGGGCCUGAGGUCUUCACCACCCGCGGCCUCAUCAUCAAGGAGCGCGGCUUUCUCGAAGUCUACUCGCGCUUUGCCUCGUGGAAUGCAUCAGCCAUCCCAGACUUUGUGCCCGGAACCGAGUUUACCCCGUCGUCGGUCCGCCUCAAGGAUGGCAUGACCACGCCACCGCAGUUUCUCACCGAAGCCGAUCUCAUUGCCCUCAUGGACAAGAACGGGAUCGGAACUGAUGCCACCAUUGCCCAGCACAUCGAGACCAUUCUCUCACGCGAGUACGUCGUGAAGCAGUCUGGCGAUCGCCUCGUGCCCACCACGCUCGGUAUGGCCCUCGUCGAGGCUUACACGGCCAUGGGCCUCACCCUUGCCAAGCCUCACCUCCGCGCCAUUACUGAGGCCGAGCUUGCCGAAAUCGCGUCGGGCACGCGCUCGCACGACGACGUCCUUGCCAACUCGGUCAAUGCCUAUCGUGCUUUGUUUGAGCAAGUUCUUGCCUCGCGCGCCAUCUUUGUGUCGACUGUUCGCGACGGUGGCGGCGGUGACGGCUCGUCCACCGCCGACAUCCCGCUCAGUGCCGUGGUGUUCUCCGACAAGUGCCCGACGUGCAGCAUGCAUCCGAUGCUGCUGGCGCAGGCUGGGAAGAACGGGCAGUCGUUUGUGCUCGGCUGCCGCGGGCGCGAGUGUGCAAACUCGGCGUGGGUGCCGUCGUACGUCUCGUCGAUCGAGCCGGUGCUGGAUGGGCCCAAAUGCGCAACAUGUGGUGCAAUGUGCUUCCGGGUCACGCUCUCGCGGCGGCUCCCACCGGCUCACAUGCAUCUCUUCCCCGAGGCCUCGGGCUGCGUGGCGUGCAACCCGUCGCUUGCGGCACUCUUUGCCACUCGCACCGGGCGGCGGCUGGUGACAAAGCGACAAGAGUCGGCGCCGCCUACCGGACCAGCGCCAUCGUCCGACUCGGGCCCCAAUCUCGUCGCUCUGCCCAAGUUCUUUUCCAAGUCAGUCCUGCCCAAAGCGUUGGCGUCGUCAUCGUCAUCGCGCGGCUUGGCAGCCGGCGCGCAGCGAGCCCGGCGCGGAUCGUCAACCAUCCCACGCGCAGCUGCGACCAGCGGAGGUGGCACCGCAGCGCUGCGGACUGUCGGCAAGGUUGGUCAGAACCAGGGGCGGCAAUUCUGGAAAUGCGGCAAGUGCAACGCGUUUGCGUGGGACGAUGACGAUGGCGGCGGUGGCGGCGGCGGCGGCGGCGGCGGCGGGAACAGCGGGAGCGUGUGCUACAACUGCCAGCAGCCAGGCCACUUUUCGUCCAACUGCCCGUCCAAGGGAAGCGGUGGUGGCUCGGGAUACAGCGGUGGUGGCGGCGGUGGGAGCAGCGGGAGCGUGUGCUACAACUGCCAGCAGCCAGGCCACUUUUCGUCCAACUGCCCGUCCAAGGGAAGCGGUGGUGGCUCGGGAUACAGCGACGGAUCUAGAUACGGCGGCGGAUCUGGAUACGGUGGCGGUGGAAGCGGCGGCGGCGGCGGGAGCAGCGGUAGCGUGUGCUACAACUGCCAGCAGCCAGGCCACUUUUCGUCCAACUGCCCGUCCAAGGGAAGCGGCGGUGGCUCGGGAUACGGUGGUGGAUCUAGAUACGGCGGCGGAUCUGGAUACGGUGGCGGCGGUGGCGGCGGCGGCGGCGGGAGCAGCGGGAAGCGGCGGAUACAGCAGCGAACGGUCAGGUGGGCGGUCGGGCGGUCGCGGUGGCGGCGGCGGUGGCGGGAGUAGCGGCAACUGCUACAAGUGUCAGCAGCCGGGUCACUGGGCAUCGUCAUGCCCCAAUACAUAGUCCAGGCUUACGGCUGCGGCCAGUACGGGUUGUAAAUGCUUGAGCGACUCGGA